AGAGAGAGAGAGAGAGAGAGAGAGAGAGUUUGAUAGGCCAACAGGAGAAGUUGGACCCAGGAGAACCAUGGCGACCUCCGCCAGCUCACUUCGGUCUAAAAGAAGAACUUUGUUGAGUUUUUGUGUUGCGAGUGUGCGCCAAGUGUCCAGGAGCUUUUCCCAAGGUUGGUUCCGCUCCCUGUCGGCGCACAAAGCGGACGCCAGGAAAGACGCCCACUCCAACUUGCUCUCCAAGAGGGAGACCAGCAACCUGUACAAAAUCCAAUUCCACAACGUGAAACCAGAGUGCCUGGAAGCCUACAACAGCCUGGAGGCCGAAGUGCAAAAGAGGCUCCAUCUGGACCAGAAUUUUCCGUGCGAGGUUGUCGGAAGCUGGAACACCUGGUACGGAGAGCAGGACCAAGCAGUACACCUGUGGCGCUACAGGGGGGGCUACCCCGCCUUGAUGGAAUGCCUCAACAAGCUGAAAGCUAACAAGGAGUAUUUGGAUUUCCGCAAAGAAAGAGCGAAAAUGUUGAAUUCCAGACGGAAUCAACUGCUCUUGGAGUUCAGCUUCUGGAAUGAACCUCUUCCCAGACCGGGACCAAACAUUUAUGAGCUGCGGACGUACCAGCUGAAGCCAGGAACCAUGAUCGAGUGGGGCAACCACUGGGCGAGGGCCAUCCGACACCGGCAGGAGAACAACGAGGCCGUGGGCGGCUUCUUCUCGCAGAUCGGCGACUUGUACGUCGUCCAUCACUUAUGGGCUUAUGAAGACCUCCAGUCUCGAGAGGAAACCAGGAACGCGGCCUGGCUCAAGGAGGGCUGGGACGCCAACGUGCAGUACACUGUGCCUCUCAUCAGGAGCAUGGAGUCCAGAAUAAUGAUUCCCACCUGCAGUUCUCCGUUGCAGUGAAGACCAUGGUCAACCUAGCUCUACUCAUUGGCCACAACAUUAGGUACACCAGGACGACCUAUCAGCCAAUGACAAUCUCCCAUUUGUUUGUGUAAGAAAAUCGAACAUGAUUUGUGUCGUCUUUUUCUAAUCAUGACCUGUGCUCCAUUUUCAAAACGAAGGCACAGUCGCUCACGUUCACGACUAAAAUGUCCGUCAAAAUAAAAGCAGGGAGAGACCCCA